CACUGUAAUAUUACAUUGUAUGUCAGCUACGUUACACUCUGUCAUUGUUAUAUAGCACCAAACAGAUCAUAUCAGCACUGUAAUAUUACAUUGUAUGUCAGCUACGUUACACUCUGUCAUUGUUAUAUAGCACCAAACAGAUCAAAUCAGCACUGUAAUAUUACAUUGUAUCACUGUAAUAUUACAUUGUAUGUCAGCUACGUUACACUCUGUCAUUGUUAUAUUAUAGCACCAAACAGAUCAUAUCAGCAGUGUAAUAUUACAUUGUAUGUCAGCUACGUUACACUCUGUCAUUGUUAUAUUAUAGCACCAAACAGAUCAUAUCAGCAGUGUAAUAUUACAUUGUAUGUCAGCUACGUUACACUCUGUCAUUGUUAUAUUAUAGCACCAAACAGAUCAUAUCAGCAGUGUAAUAUUACAUUGUAUGUCAGCUACGUUACACUCUGUCAUUGUUAUAUUAUAGCACCAAACAGAUCAUAUCAGCACUACGUUACACUUUGUCAUUGUUAUAUAGCACCAAAUAGAUCAAAUCAGCACUGUAAUAUUACAUUGUAUGUCAGCUACGUUACACUCUGUCAUUGUUAUAUUAUAGCACCAAACAGAUCAUAUCAGCAGUGUAAUAUUACAUUGUAUGUCAGCUACGUUACACUCUGUCAUUGUUAUAUAGCAUCAAACAGAUCAUAUCAGCAGUGUAAUAUUACAUUGUAUGUCAGCUACGUUACACUCUGUCAUUGUUAUAUAGCAUCAGAGACAUAA